GGAACGGCGAGAGGGAAGGGGAAAGAGAGGUUCGGUUGUGUUGCACGAUGGCCGAGGACGAUUCGAUGGUAGAUCUGACUGAUGAGAUGGAGCAGCAGCAGCUUGCAGAGGAUGCUGAUGGAGCCGACGGAGAGGGAACCUACGACCAGGUGACAGUAGGAGGGUGCACGAGGGCAGAGCAGACAAGAAACACGCGGCAUUCCCGUCUGUGUGUGUCGUGAUCUCCAGGGGAUGGAUGAUCUGAGAAGCCAGGUGGCGGCUCUUGAUGCCGAGAUUGCAGUGACUGAGGAGGAGUUGGCGUCCAUUCGUUCCCGGCUGCAGCAGCUGCGGCAUGAGCGUGCGUCCAAGCAGAGUGCCCUCGAGGCAUACAUCAAACGCAAGAGGUCAGCCGGCUGCCGUUACCUAGUACGUGGCCGCUGCUGUCGUUCACCAUCGACUGGUGUCUGUCCGUCAGGUCCAAGUGUGACUGGAGCAGUGAGUACGCGUGGAGCUCUGACGUCAGGCGAAUCGCUGACGAGUACUUUGGGUAAAAGGGCAGACGAGGGAACAGACCAUCUGGCUGGAAGAAGGGCCGGUCUCCGGGUUGCUCUGUGUGCUUGCCUUGCAGUGUGCGUGAGUUUCGGCGCAACCAGCUGGAGUGUAUCAACGCCAUCCUCUCCAACGAGGACACUUUCCUCAUCAUGCCCACAGGCGGCGGCAAGUCGCUCUGCUUCCAAGUCCCCACGCUGGUGUGGUCGAGUGGUCUGACGCUGGUGGUGUCGCCCCUCAUUGCCCUCAUGAGCGACCAGGUCAUGAUCCUGCGGUCGCUGGGCAUCGGCGCAGCCAUGAUGACGUCGUCGAGCUCCAAAGAGGAGAACAACCAGGUGAGAGAGAGGACGGCCAAAUGACAACACUGCGACCUAUCAGCAUGACACGAGUGCCAUUGGUUCAGGUGCGGGAUUGGAUGAAGACGCUGCACGGCCCCAGCAAGGGCGGUCAGGCAGCGUUGGAAGCUGCCCUGCGGUUCCUGUACGUGACGCCUGAGCGUGUGGCAAAGAGCAAACUAUUCAUGAGCAGCCUCGAGAAGAUCCACGCAGCCAAGAACCUGUCGCUGAUGGUUGUGGAUGAGGUGCACUGCGUGUCGCAGUGGGGGCACUCCUUCCGGCAAGACUACCAGGUACCAAGAACACCUCACACAUGCACCCCAGCUGGAUGGCCAGUGAGUGCACGUGUUGUGUGUCCCUCCCUGGUUCAGCAUUUGAUCAUCUUGAAGCGACAGUUCCCGAGUGUGCCUCUGCUGGCGCUGACGGCCACAGCAACGCCCCAGGUGGUGCAGGACGUCCAGAAGACCCUCGAGGUCCCCAACUCCAUCGUCUUCAAAUCGCAUUGCAAUAGGCCCCACCUCUUCUACCAGGUCAGUCAGCAAAAACAGCAAAACAGAGUGCAGGUGCGUCCAUGCUGUCGUCUUGUGGCGUGUGUCUUUCAGGUUGCGGCCAAGCCCAAGCAGCCCGACGAUGUGCUGCAGGUGAUGGCUGGCUUCAUCAAGCAGCUCGACAAGACCGCUGCGGGCAUCGUCUACUGCCUGUGAGUGACCACACCACACCACACCACACCACACAGACAGACAGACAGACAGCCAUACAGGUGACCAGUGAGCAGACACUCCGUUUUGGCGAUUGGUUACACACAUGAUUCAUUGCCUGACUGACAGGUCCAAGAAGGACGCUCAGGCGGUGUGUGCGGGCCUGAAUGCGAAAGACAUCCCAUCGGCAUUCUACCACGCUGACCUCGAUGGCGCCGACAGACAGCAAGUGCACCACCAGUAAGUGUCUGCAGACAGGGCCAUCUAACACAAUGCCCGACCGGUCGCUACAACGCUGCGAACUGUCAACAUAUCAGGUGGUCGUCGGGUGCUGUCCGUGUCGUCGUUGCAACAAUCGCCUUCGGUAUGUCGGCAAGAGCACACCACCCGUACGUGGAUGUGGCUCACUCAAUGAUGCUGUCUGUGUGUGUCUAGGCAUGGGCAUUCACAAGGACGACGUGCGGUUCGUUAUCCACCACACGCUGCCCAAGUCACCCGACAACUACUACCAGGAGAGUGGCAGGGCGGGGCGCGACGGAAGGCCCGCCUACUGCCUCCUGCUCUACAGGUACCUGCACACGCACACACACACACAUCCCACACGAAAGUGGACACACUGUUGGUGGUGCUGUGUGCUGUGGCCGUCAGGCCUUCUGACGUGGUGCGUCACUCGGUGAUGGUGUUUCACGAGACGACGGGCCUCGACCUCCUUUACAAGAUGGUCAGCUUCUGCCACGCACAGGAGUGCAGACGCAGGUCAGUGAAUCACCAGCUGCACUAGAUCACAUACAGACAGACGGACAGCCUCACUGUCGCCUCUGUGUGCAUCAAUCAGCAUGAUCAUCAGUCACUUCGGCGAUGAGGGUGUGGCGUGUGGCGGCAUGUGCGACGUCUGCAAACGACCAGCAUGCGACAGCUCAGAGGCAGCCGCGUCAGCAUCUGCAUCAGCAGUAGCCAAGGGGGGCAAGAAGGCCAAGGGUGGUCGUGGCAAGGGCGGGGAGGGCAUCACUGUGGGUGCGGUGGAGGACGGCGCCGUGUGUCUGCUGGAGAUGCUGGCCAAGGUGCAGGGCACAGAGACCAAGGUCAGAAAGGCGAACCGAAGCCAUGGGAACGUAUCGUGAUGUGUGCACGUCAUUCUGUUGGUCUGCCUUUUGUCAGUAUACGCUUCUGCAGUGUGCGACUGAGUGGAAGAAGCUGCUGGGCAAGCAGAAAGGGGCCCUCAAGGGCGACAUCGACACCUGCCAGCACCUCAUCGUGUCACUCAUACUCGAGGGAUUCAUCAAGGUCAGCAAGCCAACCACCGCAAAGCUGUGCGAACGCAGGUGUGUGCGUCUGUGUUAUCGGUUGUCCAGGAGGAGUUUUCACACACGCCCUACAGCACCAACAGCUACUGCGUCAUCACCCGACGGGGCACAAACGCACUGCAACGGCUGCAGAACGGUACUGUACACACACACACACAAACACACACACCGGAGAGACCCUGAUGCCGUUGACUCAUCGAAGGAUCGAGGGUCGUGUUGCGUUGACGGUUCUGCAGGUCAGCGAGGGGUUCUUCCCAGCCACGUGACACAGGGGAUCGAGGCACUCUCGACCGCCGCAGACACCGACACAUUCUUCGUGCACGAGGUGAGUGACUGACUCAUGUGUUCGCAGUGUUGGUGUCUUCGUCAAUGUGUGUGUGUGCAGGUGAUGCAGGAGUCCUCGUCCAGUAGUGCCGCUGCAGGGUCGGCACCGACAGACCGGCGGGCGACACAGGAGUUCAAAACGCUCCGGCAGCAAAUCGCAAACGAGAUCGGUACGUUCGGAUGAGAGGGACCCCGCGAUCAUCAUCGCAGCGUGUGGUGCAACCUUUCUGCCCAUGUGCGUAUCAAUCAGAUGUGUACGCGCACUUCAUCCUCAGCGACAGCCAGAUCCAGGAGCUGAUUCGCUUCAGCCGGGGCAGCGAUCCCCUCACCCUCGAUGCACUCCAGGCGUCAAGUAUUCUGACCAGCCGCCGUAUCGAGCUGCACGGCCAACGCAUCCUACACACAUGCAGGUACGUUACACGGCCGAUUGAUUACACUGAUGUGUGUGUGAAUGUCUGUGUGCUGGAUGGAUCGUUCAGUCGUGUGCGAAGCGGGUCAUUCUCAGCUGCGGUUGUGCCAGGGCCUUUCCCAGCAGCAGCAGCAGCAGCUGCUGCUGCAGCGUCGUCAGCUCAUGAUGCGAUCGUGGUGGAUGACGACGACGAGCAAGAGGGUGGCAAGGGCGGCAAGAAGAAGAAGAGGCGCAGACUGGUCAAGGGAGACGAGGAUGAGGAGGGGGAGGAGGAAGGCCAUGAGAUGAAUGACGAUUGGGGUGAGAUGAAUGAUUGAUCGCAUGUAUUAUCGAUUGGUUGACUGACGAACGUCCAAGUAGAAUGUGCUCAGAUG